AUGUGGAGAAUAAGGAGAGUUCAUGUAGUGAGAUCUAUAUUGAACAGACGAUGCAGCAAACGUCAAAUCACGAUGAAUGCGGAUCUGAAAGCUGCCAUGGCAUCGAUACCUGAAAAUGACGUGGUAGUCAUCGGAGGUGGGCAUGCCGGUUGUGAAGCAUCCACAGGUGCAGCUAGAGUUGGGAGUAAGGCUGUUCUUGUGACGCCAUCCAUUAAGCAACUAGGUACUUGUUCAUGUAACCCAUCUAUGGGUGGUGUCGGAAAAGGAACUCUGCUAAGAGAAGUAGAUGCUUUGGAUGGUGUAGCUGCAAGAAUAACUGAUAAAGCUGGUAUUCAAUUCAAAAUAUUGAAUCAAAGUAAAGGUGCUGCCGUGUGGGGGCCUCGUGCUCAAAUAGAUAGAGGCUUGUAUCUAAAAGAAAUGCAAAAGGAAUUAAUAGAUUAUCCAAAUUUGACUAUCCGUGAAGGGAAAGUGAAAGAUAUUAUUAUAGAUAAGGAUAUCCAUAAUUCGAAUGGAGAAUAUGGUGAGGUGAAAGGGGUUAUACUUGACGACGAUACCAUAAUUCCAUCCAAGAAGGUUAUAAUCACUACAGGGACCUUCUUAAGUGCAGAGAUACAUAUUGGUUUAAAGACUAUCCCAGCUGGAAGAAUUAAUGAACCUCCUACUUUUGGAAUAAGUGAAACUUUAGCCCAGAUUGGAUUCCAUCUUGGUAGAUUAAAGACAGGUACACCAGCCAGGUUAGAAAAAUCAUCGAUUGAUUUUACUGGUCUUGAGAAACAAUAUGGUGAUGAAAUACCUACUCCAAUGAGUUUUGUAAAUGAUUCAGUGACAAUUAAAGACCAAAUACUUUGUUAUGGAACAAGAACAACUCCAUACUUACAUCAAUAUUUGAAAGAUAAUCUGGAUAAAAGUAUACAUAUUAGAGAAACUGUCAAAGGUCCUAGAUAUUGUCCUUCACUUGAGGCAAAAAUUCUGCGUUUCUCCGAUAAGGACUCUCAUAAGAUUUGGUUAGAACCCGAGGGAUUAGAUUCAAAUGUGAUAUAUCCUAACGGUAUCUCGAACUCAAUGCCUGAGGAUGUACAGCUUCGUAUGAUGAGGAUGAUUCCAGGUCUUGAAAAUGUGACAAUCUUACAACCUGCCUACGGUGUAGAAUAUGAUUAUGUUGACCCUAGACAAUUGAAACAAACUUUGGAGACAAAGCUAGUCACUGGUUUGUUUUUAGCCGGACAAAUUAACGGUACAACAGGUUACGAAGAAGCAUGUGCGCAGGGAUGUAUUGCUGGUAUAAAUGCUGGCUUAGCGGCUCUGUCAAAACCACUGUUGAAACUAUCUAGAUCAGACGCAUACAUUGGUGUCCUUAUUGAUGAUCUGAUUACUAAAGGUAUUGAGGAACCAUAUAGAAUGUUUACCUCUAGAUCAGAAUUUAGAAUAACAGUGAGAGCUGAUAAUGCCGACUUUAGACUUACCGAGUUGGGUCAUUCGGUAGGGGCAGUUCAACAAACUCGGUACGAUAUUCUUAAGAAUGACAAAGAUAUUUAUGAUAAUACUGUCGAUAAAUUGAAAUCAUUUAAUUGUAACCACAUGGAAUGGUCUAAUAAACUUGGUAUAAAAGUAGCACCAGCUGCUUUGAAUUAUACCGCGUGGGAUAUUUUUAAAUUUAACGGUGUUUCUUUGGAAAGAUUAGUCGAUAGUUUUCCUGAAUUAAGAAUUAACAUUGAUAAUAUUCCAAGAAGAGUCAUUCAAAAGAUUAACAUACAAGGUAAAUACAACCCAUACAUCACGAAACAAAAUCAAUUCAUAAAGGCAUUUCAAGCAGACGAAAAUUUAGUCUUACCAACAGACUACGAUUAUUCACAAAUACAAAGUUUAUCAUCCGAGUGUAUAACGUUACUAAAUACAAUAAAACCCACCACAAUUGGGCAGGCAAGACGGAUCCAGGGAGUCACCCCAGCUGCAUUAUUCGAACUUUACCGUCUACUUAAUAAAACUGCAAAACAAUAUUAA